AUGAGAUUCUCUAUCUAUUCCAUUGCAGUCAUGACUUCAGUGUCCGGGGUCCUGGCUCAAGAUCCAGGUCCAUCUCCUACUGCUUCAAUGGGCUGUGAGCCACACGGAGACCAUUGGCACUGUGACGGCCCAGCCUCAUCAGCUGUCUUCUCGGUUACAUCCACGGCAAACGAGAUAGAAGUAGGCGCAACUACUAUUCAUACUUCUCCCACACUACCUAGUCCUACCGAGUCUGUUGGCUGCGAGCCACAUGGAGACCAUUGGCACUGUGACGGCCCAGCUUCAUCAGCUGCCUCCUCAGUUACAUCAACAGCAAACAAAGUCGAAGUGAGCACCACCAUUACUCAUGCUUCUCCCACAAUGCCUAGUCCUACCGAGUCUGUUGGCUGCGAGCCGCAUAAUGACCACUGGCACUGCGAUGGACCGGCUGAGACGACUAGUGCAUCUGCGAGUGCAUCUGCGAGUGUUUCUACAAAUUCUGGAGACCAGGAAGGCAGUGUUGGAGCAAACGGCGUCCAGCUUUUCCUGCUUGUUGGAUUGUCGCUUCUCGCUGCUAGCGUGAAUGUUUAA